AUGUCGUCGCGUCUUGGUGAAGACGCCACAUUGUUUGUGCAGCAGGACACGUCGUCUGCUCCGCUGGCUGUGACUCAGCUCGAGAGUAGUGGGCAGGCAGAUGCUGAGGACGAUACGAUGUUGUUAUAUCGUCCCAGUAGCUUCAUCACACUACCUAAACAUUCGUCACCAUACGCGCUCGCCAAACGGGCGGAGAAUGCCCGGGACUAUAAAAAGGCACUGUACUGGCAUACGCAGUGCAUCGAGCAAGGCAUACGAGUUGUGAGUGCUGUGAUGGAUGUGGUUGAGCUGUUCGAAAAGUUCGGUGAAGAGGAGGAGGCGCUAGGGUUGAUGAUGAGGUAUGAGCACUUGGUACCCAAGGAGCGAUAUCAUGCCUUCCGAAGAUUGUACGAUCGAGUUAAGCGUGGUCUUGAUCGUUCCGUGCCAACCGGUCCGCGUAUGCUGGGGGUUACUCUUGUGUCACCGCGGGCCAUAGAGGAACGAGGGAUGGAGGCGAUCUGUGAGGCUCAUCCCGAUACAGGGAGUCAGGUAGCCUACGUACAGUUUGAGAACCAGACUUCAGCGAAGAAGGCCAUGAUGACUGAGAAAGUUCUCUGUAACAUCCAAGUGAGAUGGGCGGAGAAGACGGUGACGAUGUUGCCUCCACCGAAACAUGCUUUGGUGGAUGCCCGUCGUGUGCUUGACUCUGAACGUUUUAUAACGUCACCUUUUGAUACAUCGUUGAUGCUCUAUACAGUGCCUUAUGACUGGACCCCAGAGACUGCUAUGGGCCAGCCUGAGGUGGGUUCUUUGGAAGGAAUUCAGAAUCAUCAGCGUGAUGAUAUGAUCCUACAUCCCACUUAG